UGCUAUGCUUUUAGUGCUAUAGACAGAGCUUACCAACGGGCCUGUCUGCCAGCAAAUAUGAAUAGAUUUCUGUAAUUUACGGUGUUUUUGAAACACAAUUAGUACCCACAUGUGAACAAAAAAACAACAUUGUCUCUUUCAGUGCAAUGUACACAGUGUGUCAACACUUAGUCACUUCUGGCAGGAAUGGUUCUCAGCAGUCCACACAAAUUGCACUGCACAAAAUGUCCCCUCUGUCCUGUGAUGGGCCACCAUCCAAUCUGCCAUAUCAAACAGGGAUCUAGAAAGCAGCUGACUAAGAACCAAAAUAAUGGUGUGUGACAACCCAGUGUUUUCGCAGGGCCAGCUAUUGUUUGUUUUCGUGGUUCUGCUUUGUCAUCAACAGCAUGGCUUUUCUAAUCUCUGCCACAAAGGCAACAAUACACUCUGGAAGGUCCCAGGCUGGCAACAUGUGUGGUCACAACCAGGGGGAGGUUUUGGGGGCUAUUUCGCCACCAGUCAGUGCUGUGCAACGUUUAGUCUAGCAUGAGACAGCCAAGGGUGAGCACCCGAGUUUUCACACAAUAAAGGUGCGGAAGGGGACUGAGCACUCCGGGGAUACCACCAACCCACGGGAGAGAAGCCUACCACCAUGUUCAAGACCAGCUACCUGCGCGAGGUGCGCAAGGAAAAGUACGAGCGCUCAAAUGUGUUUGAUGACGAAACUGAGGACUCUGAAUCGUCUGCAGGAAUCUCAGCCAUCCAAGGCUGGGAGAGCCUUCAGGAGCUCAAUGGCCGCUUUGCCCGGUACAUCAACAGAGCAAGGGUCCUGGAGCAACGCAAUGCCGUGUUCCGCAAGCAGCUGGAAACGCUGCAGCGAAUGGAAGAGUCCAGUGGCCUAGAGGAGGCCUUCAACGAGCAGAUUGAAGUCAACAGGCAGCGCAUCCGAGAGCUGACCUCUGACCAUGCCAGACUGGAGCGAGAGCUGAAAGAUGCCUGCAACAUGCUGGAUGAAUUCACUAGCAAAUAUAAAGAUGAAUGUGAGUAUCAAGAACAGCUGCGGGGCACACUGGAACAGUUAAACAAGGACGCUGACUGUGCUCUGCUGAGAAACCUGGACUAUCAGAUCCAAUCGCAGUUCCUGCAGGACGACAUCAACUCCACCAGAGAACAACACAAGAAGAACCUUGCAGAGAUCCAGACCUAUGUGAACAUUUUGCAGCAAAUCAACCAGACACUUCCCCUUGGUCCUAACGUGUCACUGGGCAUCUCCGAGGAGCAGGAGAAGCUGCUUGCGCAGAGGAAAGUGCCGGGGCUGCAGAGUCAACUGGAGGAAUAUAAGAGCGCCCUCUGUCAGCUGCAGGGCCAGAAACAACGCCUACAGACUGAGAAUGCAGCUUUGGAGCAAGCUAUCAAAAACACACAGGAGAGUUAUGACAAUGAGAUACAGAUGUACAAUGAGCAAAUUGAAUCUCUGCGGAAGGAGAUUGAGGAGGCUGAGCGGUCCCUAGAGAAGUUCACCAGUGAAUGUCGCCACCUGGCCAUGUACCAGACAUCUCUUGAGAACGAGCUGGAGAGGUACAAGAGGAUCAUCGAGAACGAGGAUAACAGGUUGAAUUCAGCAAUAAUUGGCACUCCCAUUACCCUGUUCACCACUAAUUACCGCUAUACUCACACACCCACUGCAUCAAGCAGGGGAAAAGAUAUCACCCAGGCUAUCCAAGAUAUCACCAGCAUCAAGCCCCGCCAGAAGAUCAUGGCCAAGAAGGUCCAGAAGAAGAAAGAUCUGUCAACAAAAGACAUAAUGGACAGUGGCCAAGAGGAAAGAAAUGGUAGAGCCACUGGAGAGACUCCAAGCCAAGAAACAAAGAAAACCCCUGUGGAAGUACAUGAGGAGAGAGUGAAGAGAAAGGACCAGAGAUCUGUUCACACUGGAGUGUCUCCACAGGAUGUCCCAGAUGGAGCUCAGAUCAGCAAGGCCUUCGACACUCUUUGUAACAUCGUCAGAGACAGAAUGAGAAGGUACAAGAGGCCUGAGCCAAUCGCUGACUUCUACACCCAGGGUCGAUAUGUCCUUGUCAGCGGUGAUGGAAGCUACUCGGACCCCUGCUUCUACACCUCCACACCAUCAGGCGGCCACAUCUACGUCACUAUCAGAAAUGGAAUGAUGGGUCCAUAUGAGCCUUACGAACCCAGCAGACCCUCUCCUCCUCAGCCUAUUGUAGACCCCAGGCCUCUCAGUCCCACCCUGCCCUCUAAUGGUGGAGGAGGAAAGGGGGAUAAUAAGGGUGGAAAAGGUAAGGAUGGUAAUGGAGGAAAAGGUAAGCAUAAGAAUCGAGAGCCUCAUCCUCACUCUAAAGAUCCCACCCCAGGCCCUCCACCCUCUGGCCCAAGCACCAUUCCCAAAGAUCCCACCCCUAUGAAUCAUCCCAAGAAUAACAGUGAUGACAAUGGGCACAGUGGUCCCACUCCAAAGCCUGCGCCUCGUGGUGACAGCACCAGCUCCAGCACCAGCUCCAGCUCCAGCUCCAGUACCAGCACAAGCACCAGCUCUGGCAGCUUUAGCCCAGACACCAUGAGCUAUGAAAAAGUGGAGGUGAUGGAGUCAGUGGAGAAGUUCUCUAAUGACAGCAAGCUUAAAGGUUAUGAGGAAACUUCUGUGGUGGUGGAGACUGUGAUUGAGAAGUCCAGCAAGAAGAAACACUGAAACACUGAGAUCAUCUGACAUAGUCAGUUAACUCCAUUAUGGUCAUACAUGGUUCAGGUCCACUAACAAGAAGACAAUAUGGAUUUUGGUAUCAGUCUCAAGUUUUUGUCCCUGAGACCCACCAUGCUUAAAGACCAACUACACAUUCCUGCUCUGAUAUAAAAUGCUCUUCCAUUUGCUUGCAGUCUCUGGUCUUGCGUCCAGAAUUCGUUUGGCUGGUUCCACAAGUAUUGCUGUUGUUGUUCGACUUAACACCCAUGCUCACGCUAUGAGUCCUUUACUGUCUGAAAACUUGAGGAAAUGAAACACAAAGCUUCACACCACCAAAAAAAGAAUAAAUUAAUAAGAAAACAAAUUAAAAAAAAAAAAACUGAGAAGUUGCCACCCUCUGAACUCUGUCUUAGAACUCCAACUUUCCCCUUUGAGCUCAUUUGUUCAAUUGGAUGCCAUUGCCUGCCCUCAGCAUUAUUUUGCUGUGUAUUAAUUUGCUUUAUUGAAUAAUAAAAAAAGAUUCAAAGGUCA